AUGGAUUUCGUCUCAAUCUGCUUUGGACUACUGCUAAUCGGUAUCGCGUUCGUAUACCUGCGUUACAACAAUCAUCGCACCGUAUGCCCUGUGGCUGUCAACUAUCACUUUACGAGGCGCUGCAACAAAACGUGUGGAUUCUGUUUCCACACCGCCACCUCCUCUUUUAUGGAAAGUUCUGAUCGCGCAAAGAAAGGGCUUCUAUUGCUCAAGGAAGCAGGCAUGCGAAAGCUGAAUUUUGCUGGCGGGGAGCCGUUCCUUUAUCCAAAGUUCCUGGCAGAGAUGGUGGUCUUCUGCAAAGAUGAGUUACAACUCGAGUCGGUCUCCAUCGUCACAAACGGAAGUCUUGUCAAGGAAAGCUUCUUUCGGCAGUGCGGUUCCAAAAUCGACAUAUUGGCGGUCUCAUGUGAUUCGUUCAACGAGUCUACGUCAAAGAUGGCCAGACGGUGUUGGGUGCGAGGUGGUGCGGUGGAUCAUCGCGCAUAA